AGGAAAAAAGAGAUCUUGCUAACAAAUCAAAUAUCGCACGAGAUAAAGAAUGGAAAUAGUUGACAGAGAUGUAAAAGAAUUGUAAUUGAAAAUUCACUUACAGAUUAAAAGAUGUUAAUGUAACUAAUAAAAUUAUAUGAAACAAUUUUAUAUUUAAUAAGAUUUUUAUCUUAUAAAAUAUUGAAAUUCUUUUAAAUGAUAUUGUGAAAAAGAAUAAUAAAUUUUUUUUAUAGAUCUACUUUAAUGUCAUAUAAAAAUUUCGCAUUUAACAAUUUUCAAAGUGAAUCAACUUAAUCCCAUUAUGUAUAAAUUUGCAUUUCCAUUAUUUUUAUUCAUAGCAGUUUUACUAAAUGAUACUUCAUGUUCAAAAACAUCUCUGAGGCUUGAAGUCAUUGCUGACUGGGGAGGAUUGCCUGUUUUUCCUUACAAAACAUUUGUAGAGUUGGCAGUUGGAAGAGAAAUGGCUUACCUAGCAUCAAAAUUGGAAAUAGAUGCCGUAUUAGCUUUAGGUGAUAAUUUUUAUCUCGAUGGAGUGAAAUCUGUUAAUGAUUUGAGAUUCAAGGAGACUUUCGAGACUGCUUUUAAUUAUGAGUCUCUACAUGUUCCGUGGUUAGUUGUUGCUGGUAAUCAUGAUUACUACGGAAAUGUUUCGGCACAGAUAGCUUAUACUAAGAUCUCUGAUCGUUGGUUCUUUCCUGACUUUUAUUAUGUGAAAAGAUUCACUGUUCCAAUGUCAAAUAUGACUGCUGAUGUGAUAAUGAUUGAUACCGUGCUUUUGUGUGGCUAUACAAGUCCCGAACAUCCUUAUGAGCAACCGUUACUGGAUUCUAUUCCUUUAAAAACGAGAGAAAAGCAUUGGAAAUGGCUCGAAGAUACUUUGAAAUUAUCUAGAGCGAAUUACGUACUUGUGUGCGGCCACUAUCCAGUUUAUUCAAUCGCGACACAUGGGCCGACAAAAUGUCUCGUAGACCGACUUCAGCCUUUGCUGUUUAAAUACAAUGUGACUGCAUAUUUUAGCGGCCAUGAUCACAACUUGCAACAUAUUCAAGUUCUAGGAAGAGGACAGACAAUGGAUUACUUUGUGACAGGAAGUGCAAAUUUCAUUGAUCCUUCUACGAAGAAUAUAAGAGAAAUCCCUCCUGGCAGUUUACGUUUCCACUGGAAUGAUCCAUUUUCUCUCGGAGCGUUUAGUUACUUGGAUAUAAACGCCUCUAAUAUGACCGUUACAUUCGUUUUAUCAAAUGGAAAAAUCCUUUACAUUUCAUCUAAGAAACCUCGAUAUUAUAAUUAGUUAAUUGGAAAAUUAGCAAUUUUUUAAGACUGGCAAAAUUUGAAUUAUAAAAUUUAAUUCUGACUAAUACCUUGAUAUUUUUUCUUACAUUUCUUUUUGAUAGUUAAUUACAUUUUGAGAUUUUACUUGUGUCCCGCUUGUGUGCUCUUAGACAGUAGUAGAGCGGCUCUUGUCAAUUUUUAAUUGUCAAUUAAUUUUGUACUCUAAUUUGACAAGAAAAAUAUUUAUUGUAUUAAUUCUAAAUAUAGUUAUAUAGGGUGUUCGGUCAAAUUUUGGUUAAAUAACUGCCUGUUAAAAAUAAACAUAUAGUUAUGAAGCGAAAAAUGCCAUUUAAAUGAUCUAAAGAAUGAUAUUUCUUGUUCAUUGAGUCAAUAAUGUAAUGCUGAAAAAAUUACGAAGUCUUAUAGUCCGUCAGUCCUAUUAGUCUUUACACCUCUUCGGCUAACCUUGAUCGAGUUAUGAAAUUUUGAAUGCCACUAUUUCGGAUGAUUUCAGACCCUUUUCUUUCUUUUUAAUUUGUUUAACAAAAGAUAAAAUGUUUAUUUUUCUUGUUAUUUUUUAAUAUCUUAUAUUUUAUAUUUUUAUUAUAUUUUAUUUGUCAUGCACAUAUUUGACUGUAACAACUUUAAUCUUAAAGCUUUUAUUUAAUAUGUCAUUUAUUUAUUUAUAGUUUUCUUUGUUUUUGAGUUUUGUGUGUAUGCGUUCAUAUUCUGCUUAAUUUAUUACUUUGUUUUUGGAAUAUCUCUAUAAAGUUGUUUUUUUUUUUAUUAUUUAAGAACUUUUUUCAUAAAAAGCAUAAUUAAAAUAAUUGGUUUUUUACAAAUAAUAUUGUCAAUCAUUAUCCAUUUAAACCCAUUAAAAAUAUUAUUUUGCUCUAAAUUUUUAAUAAUCUUGAUCUUAUAGUGAAUUUUUUUUCUUUCUUUCUGCAACCUCUUCCAGAACUGUUUAUUUUAAUUAUAAAAAUAAAUUCCUAAAUACUACCAAAAUAUAAACAUUUUAAAAGCUCAUUUACAAACUUUUUCCUCUACUUCUUCCUGUAUAUUACGACGCACCUGCCAAAGCAUCUGUUUUUUGUUUUAGACAAUCUUAUUUUUAAUUUAUUUUAAAUUGUUUUUUUUUUAUCUUUUUUUGUUAUGAUCAUAUAUAUUUGAUAUGAUGUUUAUUUUUACUAACAAAUUAUAUUGAAAUAAAUAUUUCUUUUAUGGUGUGAA